AUGCCGAGAUCCCAGCCCAGCUCGCCGUCGCCCCCGCCCUUCGCGACGGGCGGCUUCGAUUUCCCCCAGGCCUCGGCCUCGCCGCCGCCCGCCUAUCCGCCCCGGACGUCGCCUCGCACGCGCAUCAACCAGCUCACCGACUUCAUAAACCAGCGCCGCCAGCUCCCCGCCGCCGGCGCUGCCCACGGAGCCUCGCAGAGAAGGCCGCCGUCGCCAAGGGAUGCCACCUCGCGGCGCCGGCAGACGGCCCGCCCGGUUCCUCGUGCUGCUCGGAUGCCUCUUCACGCCGAGCGCGAGCCCGAAGUCGCCCAUGGGCCGCGUAGUAGCUUCGGCAGACCCAGUGCUACACCGAGCGAACGCUAUCUUCGUCGCGCCCACCAGCGCGUGAGAGACGCGCGUUCCGUCAUCGAAGAUCCCGCCACCGACGUGCUGCACUCCCUGAGCGACCACCCGCUCAGUUCGUUCCACACCGCCCGCCCAGAGCGCAGCCCGCCCAGCGCCCUUGACGGCCCACGCAGACAGACAAAGAAGAGGAAGCUCGAUCACUCUGUCAAGCCGGUCUCCGAGUAUGACGGCUUCAAGUACGGCUACAAGGGCCAGGUGGCUUGUGGAAGGCUCCGCAUGGAGGUGGCCAGUUGCGACGGUGGUGAAUACGACAGGGAUAGUUCACUAUAUAGGGUCCAGAACGUGUUGAACAACGACAAGAGCGUGUACUGUAGUCAAAGCGGGAGGUGCAACAUCCUGCUCAGGCACAUUGGCGACAUGCCCUUUUGUUUGGAGAAGAUGGUGAUCCGCGCACCAGAUCGAGGCUUCACGGCUCCUGUGCAGGAAGGUCUGGUGUUCGUGGCCAUGUCCCCAGACAAACUGCUCUCUGGCACCUCGGCUUACGAAAUCGAAUACCACCCGCACGCCGACACUGUCUCACCGCCGACCCCCUCCUCUAAUGUCCCUUCUGGACCUGAUGACGAUGGCGAACUCAUAUCGUUCCAAGAAGCCAUGCAAGACGAGGCAGUCUGGGAGCGGACUCGCCAGGCCGUGUUUGAGAUGGAGUCUCGCCGAACUCGGGCCGAGCAAACCUCGAGCAUGAGAUACCCAAGAACAGCUGGCCCAGCAAGCGUAGUACGGGACCGAUCGGAUCAGCAACUCGGCAUCGACGAUGAGGGAGACUUUGUUAACGAAUGUCCCUACCAUAUCGAAGAGGGCGACGCCAACGCCGCGGGCAUCUCUGCACCGACACCACCCCCUUUUACGACUACUAUGGAGAGUGAACCCGAGGACUCAGAAGAGAGCGAAGCACUACCUUCCGCUGCUGUCAUGGCAGACCGACUCAGGCGCGAAAGUCGCUACCGUUCUGAAGGCGAGGACGAUGACGACCACGAGGACUUUAUCCAUCAACCGCCCGCCAUUCUGCGGCGUGCGGAGCCUCUGGGGUCUCCUCGUCUCCGCGCUUUGCGUGAGCAGGCUGAAAGGUGGAGGAGUCUGCAUCACACUCACAACAUUGAUCCGAUAAGGGCUACGCGUCUUCGCAACCCAAGUCGCAUUGAGCCCAAGCAUAGCCGGUCAGAAUCAGCAAACAUCCUCCAACCCCAAGCCCGGUUUUUCAUUGCGCGUCACAAGAACAAAAUCACCAUCAAGUUCCAUCCUGCUAUCUCAGGGAAGCACGUCCUGUUGAAGCUGUGGAGCCCAACGCACGACGGCAAUAUCGACAUCGAGAGCGUCCAGUUCUACGGAUACUCGGGUCCACGGUUCUUUCCUGCAGUUCAACCACGCUAG